AUGAAGACGUCUCUGCUCCUCUCGUUGUUGCAAUAUUCCACCGUCCACGCCUUGGCAUCGUCGGGAGCAACCUCUGCACCAAAUGCUGUCAAGCCACUCUUAUUCUCAUCGCAUUCCCAGAGGCAAACCCCCAAUACUGUGACUCUGACAUAUCUGGAGAUUAAUAGCUGGCUGCUUUCGGCCAAUGGUGUUACGAUUCUGGUCGAUCCUCUCUUGGAAGGACCUCUCGAUUUUGGAAUUCCCAGUCUGUACCAAGGAAAGAAGCGUGUCAUCCCACCAUCUGGGCUCACAGACGCACUUCCACCCAUUGACGGCAUUUUGAUUACCCAAGGACUGGACGACCAUGCCCAUGUGCGCACUCUGCAAAAAAUUCACUCGUUGGACCCCACCGUGCCGAUUUUAGCACCUCCAUCGGCCAAGGGGGCAUUGAAAGCGGCCGGGUUCCUCUCCACAGAUUCUUCUUCCCAAGUUCAAUUUCUCUAUCAUGGAGAUGAAGCAGUCAUCCAGUCUCGAAGCAGCAAAGACAAUACGUCAACACUGGGUGUAGUGGCCACCAAAGGAGCCCGGGUAGGACCACCAUGGCAGCGACGAGAGAAUGGAUACAUUCUGAGAAGUGAGUCGUCCACACAAUCUACUACUGGCAAGUCCAGCGGUCCGUCCAUUUACAUAGAGCCCCAUGUGGAAUUCAAAGAGCGAGAGCUGUCGAGGUUUGCCCCGGUUGACGUAGUCAUUUCACCAAUCAGUGGUCAGGGUCUGCCGGCAUUUGAAUUGGUCCAUGGACCCAGUGAUACCAUUCGUCUGCUGGAGACACUGAGACCAAAGUACCUGGUUCCCAUGCAGAAUGGCGAUAUUGAUAUCGAAGGUCCGGUAGGAAGCCUCGUUUCGGAAGUGGGCUCUCCCGAUGAGUUCCAACAGCGCUUGGCCAAGUCCAAACUCAACGAUAAUAUGGAGCUGGUAGACGUCAAGCCCGGCGAGGACAUUGUGCUUUCUUUCUAG